UCCAAUAACUUUAGUCUUUUCAUACAUCUUCAAAAACUUCAAAAGAAAUCAAACUUUCAGUUAAAAAAAUGGCCUUGGUGAGAAGUCUAUUGGGUGCAAAGAAGAUUCUUGGCCGCUCUGUAACAGCAGCAGCUUCUACGAGUAAAAGAUCAACCUCGGCUGCACCAAAAGGGUUUCUUGCUGUGUACGUAGGAGAGAGCCAGAAGAAGAGAUAUGUGGUGCCAAUCUCAUACCUGAGCCAGCCAUCGUUUCAAGCUCUUCUGAAUAAAUCUGAAGAAGAGUUUGGGUUUGAUCAUCCAAUGGGCGGCUUAACAAUUCCUUGUUCUGAAGAUAUAUUCAUCACAGUGACGUCUCGGUUCCAAUGAUGAUUAUCCAACAUAUUGUUAGUCUAGUUAGAUAUAGACUUUCCCUGUAGAUAGAUGAGAUUUUUUUUACCUCUUUAUUGUUUAAAGAGUUAUUCUAUAAUCUUUUGAAAGUGAAUGUUAUAGACACGAUAACGAUUCAUGUUUAAACAUUUUGGAUCAACCA